AUGGAUAUUCAACAAAAUUUGCAAAAAGAACAACACAAACAGAAAGAUCGACAUGAUGAAAAAUUAAAGAAAAUUGUGUCAUACCAAAUAGGCGAUCUAGUUUUGUAUUACAAGCAAUGUUAG